GUCUCUUUAGGAGGAGGAGAGGAGGCGCAUCGCAUUGAGCCGCUCAAUGGGCCACGGAAGGGAGGGAUGAGCACACGCGGGGAGGAUGAGCCACUGACUGAAUGAACCAAACGAACCGGGUUAGCUGUGCGACUACGGUUCUGACUUCGCCCUGAGUGGACCUGAGGCAUCUUCCUGUUGAGUUCAGUUGGCAGACGAGCUGCACCAACAGAACUGGCUCCUGCAGCCAUGUCCAAGCCUCCUUCCUAUCUCAUCCCCUUCUCCCCCGUCCUCUUCUUUGCCUCCUUAGUUUUUCUCUUAUCCUGCUCUGGAUCUGUCCAUGCACAUUCACCUCAGAACUGCUCGGCUGGGGGGGACCCGUGUCAAGAUGGCGUGCUGCUACCUGUAUGGAACCCCCAGAACCCAUCGGUGGGUGACAAAGUGGCACGGGCCAUUGUUUACUUUGUCGCGCUUGUCUAUAUGUUCCUGGGCAUGAGCAUCAUAGCGGACAGAUUUAUGUCCUCCAUAGAGGUUAUAACGUCCCAGGAGAAAGAGAUAACCAUAAAGAGAUCCAACGGCGAGACCACCACCGCCACUGUCAGGAUCUGGAACGAGACGGUUUCCAAUCUUACCCUCAUGGCCCUGGGUUCAAGUGCCCCUGAGAUUCUACUGUCCGUCAUUGAAGUGUGCGGUCACGGCUUCACGGCGGGUGCCCUGGGCCCGAGCACCAUUGUGGGCAGCGCCGCCUUCAACAUGUUUGUCAUCAUUGCGCUCUGUGUCUACGUGGUGCCCGACGGCGAGACGCGCAAGAUCAAACACCUGCGGGUGUUUUUUGUCACGGCUGCCUGGAGCGUCUUUGCCUACAUUUGGCUGUACCUCAUUCUCAGCGUCUUCUCCCCCGGUGAAGUGGAUGUAUGGGAGGCUGUGCUGACCUUCCUCUUCUUCCCCCUGUGCGUGGUCCAAGCUUGGGUGGCUGACCGUCGCCUCCUCUUCUACAAGUAUGCCCGCAAGCGUUACCGCACAGACAAGCACCGAGGUGUCAUUAUUGAGACGGAAGCGGGGCCGGAUGGAGGCGGGAGCGGCGCGCUGGGCCCGGGCGGCUUCACCAAGAUGGACAUGCUUGAGCUGGAUGGCCAGAUGGCACUCAACUGCCACGGCGGCAUGGACGGCAGCAUGAUGGAAGAUGGAGGGGGCAAGGACGAGGAGGACGAGGCCCGGCGGGACAUGGCGAGGACGCUGAAGGACCUUAAGCAGCGGCACCCGGAUAAAGACAUGGAGCAGCUCAUUGAGAUGGCCAAUUAUCAGGUUCUGAUGCAGCAGCAGAAGAGCCGUGCAUUCUACCGUAUCCAAGCAACCAGGAUGAUGAUAGGCGCCGGCAACAUCCUCAAGAAGCAUGCCGCUGACCAGGCUCGCAAGGUGGUGAGCAGCCAUGAGACUCAAGCCCAAGAGGAUGACCCACACACGGUCAGGCUGGAUUUCGAGCCCGCUUUGUACCAGUGCUUCGAGAACUGCGGCUCCCUCAAGCUGACCGUCUCCAGACAUGGAGGAGACGCUGGAGUCACCGUCAAGGUGGAUUAUCGCACCGAGGAUGGCACUGCCAACGCUGGCUCGGAUUACGAGUUUGCAGAGGGAACGCUUUUGUUCAAGCCGGGCGAGACUCUCAAAGAGAUCACAGUGGGGGUGAUUGAUGAUGACAUCUUUGAGGAGGACGAGUACUUCUACGUGCACCUGAGCAACCCCAGAGUGGUGGGCUACCCCGAGAUCAACACCUCCCCUCUGGAUGCGAGCUCCACCCCCAAAGCUGUGCUGGGUGACAACCACACAGCCACCGUGACCAUUUACGAUGACGACCAUGCUGGUAUCUUCACCUUCGAGACGGCCAGUCAGCGAGUGAGUGAGAGCGUGGGUGUGAUGGAGGUGAAGGUACUGCGGACAUCUGGGGCCCGGGGCCUGGUGGCCGUCCCUUACCGGACGCUGGAUGGCACCGCUAGAGGGGGCGAGGACUACGAGCUGGCAGCGGGCAAGCUGGAGUUCCAAAACGACGAGACCAUGAAGAUCAUCGAGGUGAAGAUUAUUGAUGACGAGGAGUAUGAGAAGAACAAAGCCUUCACCAUCGAGCUGGGCGAGCCCGUCCUCUUGGAGAUCGGGCAGAAACACGGAGACUCCAAUGAAAACAAACCUGUGGUGGGAGCGGAGGAGGAGGAGGUCGCCAAAAUGGGCUGUCCCAGUCUGGGCGAGCACACACAACUGGAGGUCAUCAUUGAGGAGUCUUACGAGUUUAAGAGAGCAGUCGAUGUGCUUAUGGAGCGUAAAAGAAAGAGUACAGUGGACAAGUUGAUCAAGAAGACAAAUCUGGCCUUGGUUGUGGGCAGCAGCAGCUGGAGGGAGCAGUUUGUCAGUGCAGUGACUGUCAGUGCAGGAGACGACGACGAUGAAGAGAGCGGCGAGGAGCGCCUCCCGUCGUGCUUCGACUACAUCAUGCACUUCCUCACCGUCUUCUGGAAGGUUCUGUUUGCCUUUGUGCCGCCCACCGAGUACUGGAAUGGCUGGGCCUGCUUCUUUGUCUCCAUCUCGCUCAUCGGCGUCCUGACGGCGAUCACCGGGGACCUGGCAUCGCACUUUGGCUGCACGGUGGGACUGAAGGACUCGGUGACGGCCGUGGUGUUUGUGGCGCUGGGCACAUCCGUACCAGACACAUUUGCCAGCAAGGUGGCUGCCAUCCAGGACCAGUAUGCCGACGCCUCCAUCGGCAACGUGACGGGUUCCAACGCCGUUAACGUCUUCCUCGGCAUUGGCGUUGCCUGGACCAUCGCCGCUGUGGCCUGGCGUACCCGUGGCCACCCCUUCCGGGUGGACCCAGGCAGCCUGGCCUUCUCUGUCACUCUCUUCACCAUCUUGGCGUCGGUGUGCGUGGUCACACUGCUGUACCGGCGGCGGCCAGCGGUAGCCGGUGGAGAGCUGGGCGGCCCGCGGACUUGCAAGCUGUUGACGUCACUUUUCUUUGUGUCACUGUGGCUCGUCUACAUUCUGCUGGCCUCGUUGGAGGCCUACUGCCAUCUUCCGAGCUUCUAGAUGGACACGGGAAGACAGGAGAGGAUGAUCAAACUGAUUGUGCCAAGAUAGUGGACAAAGAAGUUGCUUCAGUGACGUGCGGUAAGGCUCACGCCUGGUGAGGCACUCCUUUGGAGUCAGAUUUACAGUUACAUCCGCUUCAGGUGCGGCAGAUUACCGUCUUCUUCAUUAUGUGACUUUUCUCUGCAGUUUAUUGUCCGAUCUGCAAGAAUAGUGAAGUCACACUCUUACAUUGUUGAUACUAAACAGGCUGCAGAAAGUUAAUCUUUCUGCAGACAUUGGCGACUGUCCUGUAUUUCAUCAGGAAAUGUGCAAUGUUCAAAAUGAUUGGCAUAAUACCUAAAAUCAAUUUUUAACACAAAUCAGUGGACAAAAUUGAUAUUUAUUUUUAGGUUUUUUAUUUUUCAUGAUGAUGCCUCCCCUGACGGCACGUCACUGAGUUGCAUGCACCAUCAGGCAACCAAACGUUGAAGUACAAAAAAUAUGAUCAUCCAUGAGGAAGCCAUCAAUGACACUUUAACCCCAUUAUUAUUAUUAUUAAUAUUACUGUUAUUUAUUUUUAAAAGUAAUCCUGCUGAAGGAGCCUUGGAAGGACAUAAUCCCACCCAUCAAACCACCUGACUCCACCCACUUGUUAUUGCUUUUUAAUUGGUGUUGUUUAUGUGAAACUGUCAAGAAAAACAAUAGACUUUGCCGGGAUGGCAGCUUUAAGUGGAUUAACAUGAGGAUGAUGAAGAAUUGAGCAAGAGGAGAGCAGGCCGCACUACGUCCUUGUUUUCACUCGGACUCAGAAAGGAGGUGUGAACCAGAUGGACGACAAUCGCAACAAAGAUUCCACUUCCCUUUUUCUGAUGUUUGUUAAUUGUGCACCUCUUUGCUGUUUGGGAUCACCUAGGACCACGUGACCCGUAGAAACAUAUUCAGGGCGUACUCAUACUAGGCCAGUCGUACUGUCCCUGGGCCCGCUCCACACCUGAAGCACGCUCCGUUUGGCUAGUGUGAGGGCAAUGAUUGGUGCCCAGGCAAGGCACACUUCCCCCACCAUUGGAAUAGGUGGGCCAAAGCACGGCAUGAUACCAUGCAUAUGCACGCAUGCAACCUAGCGGAAUGACUGUAAUGUGAUUGCUCCUCAUAGGUUCUCAAUGAUAACCGACAUAAUUCAUCAGAGUAAUAAAAUAGAAAGAUUCCAAAUAAUCAAAAAGUCAAACCCACUCACUUACCAGUGUCUACGUUUUUGUGUGUGACAAAGACGUUUCCUGUGCUUGCUACGCUCGCGAGUAAUUAAUGAUAGCCGCUAAAUUGUAGAAAAUAAAUGAUCAGAACGACUCCAAAUAAAUUUUCUCUGUGAUGUCACUUUGACCUGCUUCCACUUCCUGCUCGCUUGUGCGAUCCGCGUGUGAAAUUAUUAAACAUGAGUGAUUACCGUAUUGACCCGAAUAUUCAGGAUCGAGAGCUUUAUACAUGCAAACCAACACAUUUUGUCUUACAUAUUUGUCAUUUCUGCAUAGUUUUUGAUGUCAUUUCAACACUGUGUGAGCGGGAGUGAACUGGACCGCACCAGAAUUCACUUGCCAGCGGACCCAUCUCUCAAACAGUCUUGGUCGGCUUGUUAGAUUGCGUUCUCACUUGCAACCAAAUGAACUGUACUAGCAGAGCAAAUGCACCCGAGCUCGUUUUUAACGCCACCAAACAUAACGAGUGUGAACGCACCCUUGGCAAAAAGCAAGAGGAGUGAUGAUACAAAUUUUAAGAUAAUGCUGAUCAAUGAAGCACCAAAGUCGAGCAGCUCAUCAAAUAUGAUGAAUUAAACAUGAUAUUGAAAACAUUUAAAAAAAAUAUUUUUCUAGUCUUGAAAAAGAGGGGUUGUCUUAUAUUGAGUGUGGUCUUAUAUUGUGGUCAAUACAGUAUAUGUAUGAUUGUGUUGCUGGUCAUAGAUGUGCGUACAUACAUGUGUAUGUGUAUCCCAAAGUGUGCUGUUGAUUUAGACUCCCGUGAGAGUGAAAGCCAGAGACAAAGUCACACAUCACAUGAAAUAGACCAGAAGGGAUGGCAUAGGGCUUGUCUGUGUCAGUUAUGUGCAAACCAAUCCCCGUUGUGCAAAAGUGUCGUUUAUAAGCUGAAGUCCAAGGUGAUCGAUUACUGUGGGGAGGAAACAACAAUGUACCUACAAUGUGUGUACUUGAAAUGACCAAUGUAUUCUACAGUACAUGUUUUGUUUUUGUUGAUUCAUGCUCAGAGGAUGCCUAACUAUGUGUGGGAAUUAGGAGGGGUCAAAGGUGAAGAUGACCCUCAUCUAGCACAAAUGAAGAUACCCAUGGUGUUGUAUUGUUUUUUCUUCACGGCAGUAAAUUACAUUUGUGGCGCCCCCUAAUGGUUGUGGUGAAAACGCUUUGGAAGUCCCAUGUGGAACAGAAAUCAUCAAAGUUUUACAAUCGUCAGAUAAAUGCACAUAGACUUAUGGACAAUUAGCUGCUAAGUAAGUACGGAGCCCCGGAGGGGACGUGGAGGAAAAAAAAAUAUGAUGGGUAAAAAAUAACUUUUGCAUUCCCUCGCAAAAGUUUUGCGUUAUCUCGCAAAAGUUAUGUAAAAAUUUUGUAAAAGUCCAUUUUCACAAACUUGUUGCUUUGUAUAUGUUUUUGUAGUUCUUAACAUAAUCAAGGUGUUUUAUUUACUUUGUUAAUCUGUCAUAUUUAUGUUAAUCUAUCAUACAUAUGUUUUUUUUCCUACAUCUCUUACAACAGAAUUUGCAAAGAACAUGCAAAAUAGCCAACGACAUCAUCUAUAGCCUUCCAGGACAGCCAAUAGAUACUUGUCUUACUGAGGAGUUGCCAACAUUGACGCCAACCGCCAUGAGGCAGAAGAAGAAGACAUUUGUAGACGGUCCCUGCGCUCCAAGAGAUCAAUAUAAGUCAGACUGCACAGAUAAAAACUGGGUUAUAGCUGUUUGUCUGUGUUGCCACGGUUGGAAAGAGAUAUGGUUUGCUGUGUUAGAACCAUUCACUUGGGAGUUAUUGAUCCCGGAAGUUUGAAUAUGUGAAUGUUUCCAGCUUUACCACGGUCUAUUGGGAAUGCAAAAGUUUGUUCUUUUUUUUUUAAACAUUUUUUUUAACUCAUAUUUUUUUU